AUGUGGAUUUCUUGUGACCAGUUUUUAUUGAUAUUUUCUGGCUUUUGGGGACUCACAAUGGGUGCUUUCCCGAGCAGUGUUCAGAUCGGCGGCCUGUUCAUCAGAAACACGGAUCAGGAAUACACAGCGUUUCGCCUGGCCAUCUUCCUGCACAAUACCAGCCCCAACGCGUCCGAGGCCCCCUUCAACCUGGUGCCUCAUGUGGACAACAUCGAGACGGCCAACAGCUUUGCUGUCACCAAUGCCUUCUGCUCGCAGUACUCACGGGGCGUAUUCGCCAUCUUUGGCCUGUACGACAAGCGCUCGGUGCACACGCUGACGUCGUUCUGCGGGGCGCUGCACAUCUCCCUCAUCACGCCCAGCUUCCCCACCGAGGGAGAGAGCCAGUUCACGCUGCAGCUCCGGCCCUCCAUCCGCGGGGCGCUGCUCUCGCUACUCGAUCACUACGACUGGAACAAGUUUGUCUUCCUCUAUGAUACGGACCGGGGUUACGCCAUACUGCAAGCCAUCAUGGAGAAGGCGGGCCAGAACAGCUGGCAGGUGAGCGCCAUCUGUGUGGAGAAAUUCAACGACGCGGCCUACCGGCGCCUCCUGGAGGACCUGGACCGACGGCAGGAGAAGAAAUUUGUCAUCGACCUGGAGGCCGAGAGGCUCACCAACAUGCUGGAGCAGAUUGUCAGCGUCGGAAAACAUGUCAAAGGCUACCAUUACAUCAUGGCUAACUUGGGGUUUAAGGACAUCAACCUGGAGCGCUUCAUGCAUGGAGGGGCCAACGUGUCGGGCUUUCAGCUGGUGGACUUCAGUAACCCCAUGGUCAUCAAGCUGAUGCAGCGCUGGAACAAGCUGGACCAGAGGGAAUACCCAGGCUCCGACAGCCCCCCGAAGUACACGUCGGCUCUGACGUACGACGGUGUGAUGGUGAUGGCAGAGGCCUUCAGGAACCUACGUAGGCAGAAGGUUGACAUCUCUCGCCGGGGCAAUGCUGGGGACUGUCUGGCUAACCCCGCCGCCCCCUGGAAUCAGGGCAUUGACAUGGAGCGCACCCUCAAACAGGUCUGGCUGCAGGGAUUAACAGGUAAUGUCCAGUUUGACCACUAUGGACGCAGGGUCAACUACACCAUGGACGUGUUUGAGCUGAAGAACAACGGACCCAGACGAAUGGGUUACUGGACGGAUUCAGACAAGCUGGUUCUGAUCCAGAAUGAAGCCCUCAAUCCCAACGAAAUCAUGGAGAACAGAACUGUCGUGGUCACCACUAUCAUGGAGGGUCCUUAUGUCAUGUUGAAGAAGAACUGGGAGUUGUACGAGGGCAACGACCAGUAUGAAGGCUACUGCGUGGACCUGGCCUCGGAGAUCGCCAAACACAUCGGCAUCAAGUAUAAGAUCGCUAUCGUUCCUGACGGAAAGUACGGUGCCCGGGACCCGGAGACCAAGAUUUGGAAUGGAAUGGUCGGGGAGCUGGUGUACGGGAAAGCGGAAAUCGCUGUGGCCCCAUUGACAAUCACGCUGGUCCGGGAGGAGGUGAUCGACUUCUCCAAGCCCUUCAUGUCACUGGGCAUCUCCAUCAUGAUCAAGAAGCCCCAGAAGUCCAAACCUGGGGUUUUCUCCUUCCUGGACCCGCUGGCCUACGAGAUCUGGAUGUGCAUUGUGUUUGCCUACAUCGGCGUGAGCGUGGUGCUCUUCCUGGUCAGCCGCUUCAGCCCGUACGAGUGGCACACCGAGGAGCCCGAGGAGGGCACCGACGGUCCGCCCAGCGACCAGCCCCCCAACGAGUUUGGCAUCUUCAACUCCCUCUGGUUCUCCCUGGGCGCCUUCAUGCAGCAGGGCUGUGACAUCUCCCCCAGGUCUCUAUCUGGGCGUAUCGUGGGUGGUGUGUGGUGGUUCUUCACCCUCAUCAUCAUCUCCUCCUACACGGCCAACCUGGCUGCUUUCCUCACAGUAGAGAGGAUGGUGUCGCCCAUAGAGAGUGCUGAAGACCUGGCUAAACAGACAGACAUAGCCUACGGCACCCUAGACUCCGGCUCCACUAAAGAGUUUUUCAGGAGGUCAAAGAUCGCAGUCUACGAGAAGAUGUGGGGCUACAUGAAGUCGGCCGAACCGACUGUGUUUACCAAGAACACCCAGGAGGGGGUUGUACGUGUGCGGAAGAGCAAAGGGAAGUACGCUUUCCUAUUGGAGUCAACCAUGAACGAGUACACGGAACAGCGGAAGCCCUGCGACACCAUGAAGGUCGGCGGAAACCUGGACUCCAAAGGAUACGGAGUGGCCACCCCCAAGGGUUCACUGUUAAGAAGCGCAGUUAACCUGGCAGUGUUAAAACUGAAUGAACAAGGCCUGUUGGACAAAUUGAAAAACAAGUGGUGGUACGACAAGGGAGAGUGUGGCAGCGGCGGAGGUGGCGAGAAGGACAAGUCGUCUCAGGCCCUGUCGUUGAGCAACGUGGCGGGGGUCUUCUAUAUCCUCGUGGGGGGCCUGGGCCUGGCCAUGCUGGUGGCCCUCAUUGAGUUCUGCUACAAGUCCCGGAACGAGGCCAAGCGAAUGAAGCUGACCUUCACAGAGGCCAUGAGGAACAAGGCACGCCUGUCGAUCACAGGCAGUGUGGGGGAAAACGGACGCGUCCUGACGCCUGACUGUCCCAAAGCGGUCCACUCGGGCCCCUCACUCCGCCAGAGCUCCGGCCUGGCCUUGGUCUCCUCCGAGCUCCCGUGA